ACAAACUAAGGUCGUUGUGCAGAGAAAUCGAAGAAGAACCCUAAAACGAAAAAGAAAUGGAGAUUAUAGAAGUAACAUUGGUCAACGUCUUGCUUCGUUGUCCACUUAAGAGCAUCGCGAGAUUCAGAUCAGUCAGCAAAGAAUGGAAAACUCUAAUCGAUUCAGACUUCAGAGAUCUUUACAUCUCUUUCAACUCAUCUUCGUCAGUCUCAUGGUCCAUCAUCCAAACCAACCCUCACAAGCUUGCUCUUGAAAUCGUCGGCCACCAUGGAUGCGAAAGAUGGGGACUUUCUCGUUCUCCAGGAUCUCUAGUAAGUUUCUUUGCCGAGACGACGAUCACUAAACUAAAUGUGUUAGCUUGUACAGAUGGGUUGGUCUCGAUUUGUGCAGAGUCUAGUGAUGGCUCUCCUAUGUAUUACAUAGGGAACCCUUUGUUGCAGGAAUGGUUUCGAAUCCCUAUGCUUCCUUUUCCUAAUUUUGAGAGAUUAAGGAAGCUUGAGCAAUUCUGUGAUAGUGGGUUGGUUACAAAGAUGGAGAAGGGUGUAGUUGUGAGUUACAAGGUUGUGUGGUUGUUGGCUCAUGAAGGUAAGGUCCUGUUUAUGAUCUACUCGUCUGAUACAGGGAUGUGGGAUAUCCAAGUUGUAACUUGUCCCCAUACUGCUCUGUUGUCUAGUCAGGACAAGUCGAUUGCUUUGAACGGGUUUCUUCAUUGGCUUUCUAAUCUCACUAGUUCUAUUAUCACCUACGAUUGCUAUAUAGGUCAUACUGGUGUUUAUGAUGAGUGUCACAUCGUACCUUUCCCUGGUGCUGUAAAAGAUAAUGAGUUAGAGCGUUUUAGGAGAAGCUUUACAACCUCGGAAGGGUCUAUUGUGUAUUUCAACGAGUUCUGUGAGAAUGGAAACCGCACGUUACGGGUUUGGAGGCUUGUCAAGUACAGUGAUGAUCCUCAGGCGUGGCAGCUCUUUUGGGAUGUCAGCUUGGCUUCUUUGAACCAGUUGUUUGGUAUUGAUUAUUUCCCUGUGGUGAUGCAUCCUUUGAAAUCUGAGAUCAUCUACUUGUGGAGUAGGAGCAACAAAGGUCUGAUCCUUUUUAACUUGAGGACAAAAGUGUUUAGUCUUCACAAGGAAGCUGAAGAUGUUCGCAAGUGUAUGGAUGGUUGCGUCUUGAGUUUUAACUGGUGCAGCGAGUAUAUGGAGAGCAUCUAUAAAUACUUUCUCUCAUCAGUUCAAACUGAUCCUAACCUUCUCCACUUUUCACAGUAUGUUCUCCCUCGUUGGCUGCACCAUUUCCCUGGUCCGAAACCUACUUAGAGUACUACUAUGUUUCAAGUCUCAAUCUGAUGAGUGGAUUUUUAAGAGGCAAAAGGCAGAUGUGGGAGCUCAAUUGUAUGGGGAAUAGACACUUGCAGAGGAUGGAUGAAGGAUGAAGAGAAGAAGCUAGUAACCAAAUUGUAGCUGAAUAUGGGCUUUUAUGUUUUGUUUUGGGAAUUUAUCU